AUGGCGGCUGAAGCAUCAGAAGGAUCCGCCGCCCCACCGUCGCCGGCAUCCACAUCGGCCAAGACCAUCACGGAUAGGAACCUCAAGAAGCGAGCCUCGCCCGAUGAUGAUUCCGAGGCACCCCAAAAAGUGACGAAGCGACGGGCUGCUCGCGCUUGUGUGUCUUGCCGAGCACGCAAAGUCCGCUGCGACGUUGUUGAGGGCGCACCUUGUGGAAACUGUCGCUGGGACAAUGUCGAGUGCGUUGUUCAAGAAAGCCGCAGACGAAAAAAGAAUCAUCUCACGGCCAGCACAGUGGGCCAGGCCGCCCCCACCGAGGCACAGCUGCGAUGCAAGACGGCGUCCAACAACCCCUUGGCGAUAAGCACCGCGGACCUCCGACGCCCUAGCAGCGGCUCUGCCAUUUCCACGAGCAGCAUUGACGGCCCGAGCAGCUUUCUGAACAAUUCCGGCCUCGAUAACCAUGUGCCACACAUGAUCUACCAACGCUCUGGCUACCGUCAUGACCCCGUACUACUCAAUAAGCUGCAUUCCACUGAGGGUAGCUCACAGCGCGUGGGGUGGUCAAACCUCAUGACCACAGCCUCGGUGUUUGACAACCUGCGCACGUCCCAAUUCAUCAACUCCGUCGAGGAGGCAGACAAUACCAGUAUCAGCAGCAGCAGCAACAACAACAACAACAGCUCCAAGCUCCCCGCCUUUCUACGCCCCCUACCGACUAAGAUUGCUGCCGAGGAUGUCAAGUACCUCCACAUCAAGGGUGCCCUGUCACUCCCCACCCUGCCGCUCCAGAACGCUCUGUUGCAAGCUUACGUCGAAUUUGUCCACCCUUACAUGCCACUCAUGGACCUCAACCACUUCCUCGGCACCAUCAACACCCGUGACGGACGCAAUGGCCAGACUAGUCUGUUCUUGUAUCAGGCCGUGAUGUUUGCGGCAUCUGCUUUCGUGGAUAUGAAGUACCUCCGAGAAGGGGGUUACACCACGCGCAAGGCCGCCCGCAAAUCUUUUUUCCAGAAGACAAGGUUGCUCUACGACUUCGACUACGAGUCAGACCGCCUUAUUCUCGUUCAGGCACUGCUUCUGAUGACGUACUGGUAUGAGACACCAGAUGACCAGAAGGACACUUGGCACUGGAUGGGAGUGGCAAUCUCACUUGCACACACCAUCGGACUUCACCGCAAUCCCGGAUCUACGAGCAUGACUCCCGCUAAGCAGAAGCUCUGGAAGCGGAUAUGGUGGUCUUGCUUCAUGCGAGACCGGCUUAUCGCUCUGGGCAUGAGGCGGCCGACCCGCAUCAAGGAUGAGGACUUUGAUGUCCCCAUGCUGGAGGAGAGUGAUUUUGAAAUUGAGGUUCUUCCGGAGGACAACACAGUCAUCCCGGCCUCAUGCACCCUCGUUCGGGAUGUUGAUAUGCAGCGAGAGCUGGCCAUCAUGUGUAUUGCCAAGGCCCAGCUCUGCGUAUGCAUCAGCCACAUGCUUAAGGCUCAGUACUCUGUUUUGAUCCGGGAUAAGAUGAAGCCCGAGAACACCACAAACAGCACCAUGAUGCUGUUCCCUAACAAGCAGCUCGACAAUGUUGAGAGCGUUACCGAGGUGGACCACGAACUUAUGGCAUGGGCCGAGUCCCUGCCGACCUGCUGCCAGUUCCGUACCCUUACUCCGUUGGACGUCAAGGAUGGCCGAUCUACCAUUGCGGUGCAGCGAACUCUCCUGCACAUGGUUUAUUACACGACCAUCUCUGCCCUGCAUCGACCCCAAUUCCUGCCUUCAUCGCCCCUCCAGGCCCCCACGACAUCUCGUCAGGUCCAGGACAUGUCUCGUCUGAGAGUGCGUGAUGCUGCCAUGCACAUCACCCGCAUGGCGACGGAGCUGCACCAGUGCCGCCUGGAGCGCUUCCUCCCUACUACCGGUGUAACUGUCAUUCUGCCGGCCAUGAUCAUCCACCUCUUAGAGAUGAAGAACCCGGCGCCACAGUCCCGUGAACGUGCGACUAGGGGAUUCCGACAGUGCAUGCGAGUGAUGGAGAAGCUGCGCGAAGUAUAUGCAGCUGCCGACUAUGCGACAGGAUUCCUUGACGCAGCCUUGAGGAAGGCGGCGAUCGAUAUCAACGCGAAUAUUGCCCCGUCGACUAUUGCGAUGAUGAAGCGGGUGCCGGUCGAGUUUAGCGCUCAAACGCCGCCUCCCGAGAACGCACCGUAUAUGACGGCAUCUGAGUCCCUCUUCAACGAGCGACCUAAGAAGGAGCCCCAGCCUACACCAACACCGACACCGACGAGAAUGAUGCCGCCCAACACGGUCAACGCGGCGGCCCUGGAGUUGUCAACCAACUCACCGCCACAGACGGAGCUGGAGUCACCGGGAGCCGGGAUUACACCGAGCGCAAGCGGUGCUUCAGAGGAGAUCCAGCUGGAUGUGGAGCAGAUGGACCUGGAUUUCAUGCAAGGCCACGACGAAUUCGACUGGAACGCCGUAGCUGGAACCGACUUUGACGUUGACCAAUGGCUGCAGUUUCCCCCAGAGGGAGUUGCGAACCAAGACGAGAACUUGAUUGCCGGUGUAUUGGGACGGGGUGUCGAUGAGCCUCCGACCAUGUCAGCCGAGCAAGCGUUGAAUUGGGCCAUGAGCGCCGAGGUAGACCCUAAUGCCAUGACGGAGAUUCUCACACGGGGCUAG